AUGGUUCGCCACGAGGGGCGUCGCCACCAUCCAUCCCGUCACCUUCGGAGCUGUUCAAUCCUCUGUUACGCUCUCGAUUCUUUCCCCACCACGAAGGUGCCAGAAAUUGCGACCAAGAAAAAACCGCGGGUGACAAAAAGGUCAGAAGCUUCCACUUCUGACGACAAGAAUGAAUCAGCCAAGCCGAAAUCAAAGGUACCGAGCAUAGCUUCGACGGUAGACACCACCGGAAAUGCUGGACCUGUAACCCAGAAUGUCACAGACAGCGGGGCGAAGAAGAGCAAAGCGCCACGGAAAAGCCGUGCCACAGCAAGCACUAAGAAAAAAGAGACGGGCAACAUGACUUUAACGGGCAAAGUUACCAAAGGAGGGAGCAGUGCUCAAGUAAAGGAACCGAGCAAACGAAAGAAGAAGCAGACUGCACCCAGUGAGAGGCCCGAUGAGCCGAUUGGUCCAAUUGCUAUCGAAGAACCCGAAGCCGACAUGAAAGAUCGGGAGCUACAUCUAGACGAAGCUCUGAGGAGGAGGAUGGAUUGGACACCACCGAGAGAUACUUCUCCCAAGACUGGACUGACAAUGGGGGACGAAGGAGACACACAGAAAAGCUCAGCGCCAGCUGCCGUAGGUGGGUUCGACAAUUUGGUGUCAAAUUACAAUUACUCUGGAGCAGCUUCAGCUGUCCACGCAAUGCCCCCAACUGUGGGCAGAGGUCCCACUAAAAGGCGACGUAUCGAACUGGUGGAUCCUUUGCUCCAACCAUACCAAGUAUAUCAGGCCGAUUCGAAUGGAGAAAGCUCGACACAGGCCACAGAUUCGUCGACAUCUGGUCCUAAGUCAAAGAAGAAAUCAAGAGGCCCGAAACGAUUCACGACAUUGACCGCACGAAUGACAGCGCAAUAUACUUCGAACAACGCAAAUGACGAUGGCUCCGCCAGUGAAGAACUUCCGGCCACCAGAAAGACUAUUCCUAAACGACGAAGCAAAGGAAAAACGACGGAAGAGGAGGUUUUGUUUACCGUUCUUUCGCCCGAAGCCGUUUUCAAGUCUUUAGAGAAUCAGGAUCUCGUUUUUGGUACUUGUAGUCAACUUGAACGAGAGGAUUCCCCACAGACACUUGCCGAAAUGCAACAAGCUAUUCAAGCAUCUGAGAAUCUUGCCUUUGGCGGAAACAGCCAUCCCGCAACAGCGAAGGCCGCAUCGAAGGGCUCUGUGUCCUACCAACCCGGUACAAGGAAUCUUUGGAAGUCUGCUGCGCGGAGUACUGAAGGCUCCCUAGUCCAGGCUCAAGGGGUGGAGGGUGUCAAGCUGGCAAACCCGGCAGAGGCAUCUAAGGAAUUGAAUUCCAAAACAAAAAGAUCAUUGAAUUGGGAAGAUAAUGAUGACUGGUUUGAGCUUGACUAUGGCAUAUCCAAGCCUUCCCCGAAGCAGAAGACACCAUUGGACAACACAAAGUCUGCAGCCGUUCCUGCGCCCUCGGAACCCCUGGAGCCACCGGUCCAAGCUGAUGAAGCUGUUGCGAAGACGAAUCCCAAUCAGGAGCCCGACUCUCAACAGCCUCAGAUACCACAUUAUAGUGGAUUUACAGAUGCUGAACUCACCAAACAGAUUGCAGCCUUUGGCUUUAAAUCAGUAAGAGGUCGUAAGAAGAUGAUAGAGCUCUUGCAGAAGUGCUGGGAGUCCAAACACGGCAAUGGCCGUAAGACUACUACUCUUGUGCAAUCACAAUCCCAGCCUUCGUCACAAAUUGACAAUGGUUCAAGGCUCUCCAACUCUGCCCAGUCGCAAAGCCAGGGGCUUGCCCCGCAAUUAGAUACACAGAAAACAACUACUCGGCCCAAAGAUCAGACCAAGAAGAAAACUGCAUCUGCACCAGCACCAAGUGCAUCUUCAUGCUCGGAACAAAUGGACACGCCAAUAAAAAACCUGGUCUCUAUCAACUCCAAGAAAGUCUCCAAGGAUACAAACACAAGCUCUCAAGCUUUGACAUCGUCAUUCAUAGAUGUCGAAGAGAUUCAAGACUCCGAGGAUGAGACCGCUCCGUCGCCUAGUCAAAUCCAAAAGCGUUAUCGGAAGAUAUUGUCCACUGCUUCCGACCUCGCUCCCGAACCAUCUCUGGAGAUUCAGACCAAGGAAAUGGCUACAAGCCCCACAAAACGCAAAGCGGUUACCUCUAAAUCUAAAGUCACAACCAAGCCCUCUUCGUCUACACCCGCUAAGUCCGACAAAUCGGCUCUUUCGAAGCGCAGCAGUCUACCCGAUUUGGCUUCUCAGAUCACUAAGGCCGUACGCUCCCAACAUUUGCUCUCGCCGCUCUCAUCUUCAUCCGGAAGCCGAAGUCGCCCAACAUGGCAUGAGAAGAUCCUCAUGUACGACCCAGUUAUUCUGGAAGAUUUUACAACAUGGCUGAACAUCGAAGGUCUGGGGCUUGUUGGGGAGGAUAGAGAGGUCCAUGCUGCAGCGGCCAGGGAGUGGUGUGAGAAUAAGGGCAUCUGCUGUGGCUGGAAGAAUAAUGCUAAUUGGUGA